GUUACGUCAGGGCUUUAGUCACGUCAGCCUGGGCUGAAUUACAUGUAAACUCGCCGCGGCGCCGCCUGCUCAUGAAUAAUGAAUCAUAGGGACAGGCCUUUGUCCCGCCUUUUCCAGCAGGCCGAAGCGGCUGCGGCGCUGAGAGGAGCUGCUGCGGGACUGGAAAAGUGAAGAGAACAUUGGGAAGAUCAGGUCUCUGGAGAGAUGCCGUCUGAUGUAACGGAAGCCUCUGAGGGGGUAGAUGAGGCAGAGAAUGUCCGCUAUGAGGAAACAGAAGAGGAUGACAACGUCAGUCCCACUGACCUCUCAGAGAUGCUCAAGGAGGGGACCAAAGAGUCUCAUGACCGUGCAGAGAACACUCAGUUUGUCAAAGACUUCCUGAAAGGACGGAUCAAGAAGGAGCUCUUUAAGUUGGCUACUGUGGCACUUUACUAUACGUACUCUGCCCUGGAAGAGGAAAUGGACUGCAACAAGGACCAUCCUGCAUUUGCCCCUUUGUACUUCCCUCUAGAGCUUCAUCGGAAAGAGGCAUUGGCUAAAGACAUGGAGUAUUUCUACGGGGAAAACUGGAAAGAGAAGAUUCAGUGUUCAGAGGCAACUAGGUGUUACGUAGACAGAAUCCAUCAUGUUGGGCAGUAUGAACCGGAUCUGCUGGUAGCCCAUGCCUACACACGGUACAUGGGGGACCUGUCUGGGGGCCAGAUUCUCAAGAAGGUAGCCCAGAGGGCCUUGAAGCUGCCCAGUACUGGGGAAGGGAUCCAGUUCUAUGUGUUUGACAAUAUUUCCAAUGCACAGCAGUUCAAGCAGUUCUACAGGGCCAGGAUAAAUGCCUUGGACUUGGACAAGAAAGCCAAGGAGAAGAUUGUGGAGGAAGCCAAUAAGGCAUUUGAAUUCAACAUGCAGGUAUUUGAUGAACUGGACAAAACUGGUGCAUUGUUAACAGAAGAAGCCCAGGAUGGAGGGCUCCCAGUGCAUGAUGGAAAAGGAGACCUGCGCAAGUGCCCAUACUAUGCCACAAAACUAGGCAAGGGGAACCCUGGCUGCCCCUAUCACAUUGGCAUGGCCAUGCUGAAGCAGCCCACCAUGCAGUUUGUCCUUGCAGCUUGCAUUGCCUUGGCUGCAGGCAUUGCAACCUGGUACGUGAUGUGAUGGAUGGACACUAGAUGGCGUUAUCUCAUGGUGACUCAAGAAGAACACCCUUUUUGGGACUGCUCCUCUGGUGGUGGAGGUUUUUUAAAUGCAAGAGUUAAGUAAACAAUAAACUAGAAUCUGCAGUGAAUACCUAGGACUAUUUGCAUACAAAUAACCCAAAUGCUGCAUGGUACCACACCUAGUAAUCUAUACAAUUACCCAGCAGGGUUCUGAGCUAGUAACUUAAUGCAGGAACUGUAGUCUAGCUCCACAACUGCCACUUGGAGCCAAAACCUAUAGUGACCCGGUGCAGGUCUUAAAUCAGGGAAUGGCUUUAGCCAGCUAUUGUCAAAUGAUCAGCUCUUUGUAUCCUUGACCAGGCUGGGGUUUUCUCCCCAGCUGUCUGAUGGAGUGUUCUUUUCCCCUUCCAACAUAGUACUGCUCCUCACAUGCUGAUCAAGCACUUUGCUCUGUCCGUGUCACAAGCUUUCAGAGCUGGUUCAAAUCAGGAAGUGCACUUUGUCCUGGAGAAGGUGGUGGGGAAUUCAAACCGCUCCAAAACCGCUCUGAUCUCUGAUGCUGUGGCACAGCGUCAGUUGCCCCAAAGGCAGAAUAACUUGCUGCUCUUGUUGCAAGGGCCAUAGGCUCAAAACCAGUUUUAUAAAUUAGGGCCCUUUUGCCCUGGCAUGUAGUUGCUGAGCAAAUAGUUUCCCAUGGGCUGGGGGGAGCAAGUCCUUGUAUAUAUUAAAGUUAACGGUUUACUUUUUCAUGUUGUGAUAGAGCCUUUGACCCAAUAAAGUUUAUACUCUGAAGUCUU